AUGGCCUGGGGGUGGAUGCCACGACUGCUGCUUGUGGUCUGGGUAGCCACUGCGUGCAGCGCCCGGGACAGGACAGACCUGCUCAGCGUCUGCAUGGAUGCCAAGCACCACAAGGCAAAACCGGGCCCCGAGGACAAGCUGCAUGACCAGUGCACUCCCUGGAAGAAGAAUGCCUGCUGCUCUGCCAACACCAGCCAGGAGCUGCACAAGGACACUUCCCUCCUGUAUAACUUCAACUGGGACCACUGCGGCCAGAUGGAGGCCAAGUGCAAGCGCCACUUCAUCCAAGACACCUGUCUGUACGAGUGCUCCCCCAACCUGGGGCCCUGGAUCCGGCAGGUGGACCAGAGCUGGCGCAAAGAGCGUUUCCUGGACGUGCCCUUGUGCAGAGAGGACUGUCAGAGCUGGUGGGAGGCCUGCCGUACCUCUUACACCUGCAAGGCCAACUGGCACAGCGGUUGGAACUGGACCUCGGGAGUUAACAAGUGCCCAGCUGGAACCACCUGCCGCACAUUUGAGUUCUACUUCCCCACCCCUGCGGCCCUGUGUGAGGACAUCUGGAGCCACUCCUACAAGGCCAGCAACCACGGCCGAGGGAGCGGCCGCUGCAUGCAGAUGUGGUUCGACCCAGCCCAGGGCAACCCCAAUGAGGAGGUGGCCAAGUUCUAUGCUGAGGCCAUGGGGGCAGCUGCAGCCCCCUGGGCUCCGACCCGGGCUCUCCUGCUCAGCCCAGUCCUGCUGCUCUGGGUGUUAGGCUGAUGGCCUGCUGGUACCCGCACAGCUCACAGCACAGGCCUGGCCUGGCCCCCGGCUCCCAGGGACUCCGUUUGUGCUCCGUAGCAGGGCCCUCUGAAUGCCAGGUUAAAUAAAUAGUCAACCCCA